ACAAGGAAGUUCACUGCCAACUUGAAGAUCAUCUGACUCGUCUGAUGAUCCUUUUUAAAACUAUUCAAGCCAAAAUAAGACAAAUAUAUCAAACAUAUCUCGACCAUAAACCUAUAACAUCUUCUGGAUCUUUUAACACUGAGAGCAGGAAAAAAAAAGAUUUUCUCAACUGGGAUUUGGUAAGAAUUUAAUUACUCUCAACUUUAUCUGCAUCUUGUAAAGAAAUGGCUGAAGGAGAGAAGAUGGAGGGAGAUCGACCCCUCCUCACUGAUUCAAAAAUAUCUAACCAAAAGAUAAAGCGUAGAAAACCGGAUGAAAAUGAAAGUUAUCCAAAGAAAAAGAGAGAGAAAAUUGAAAAUGAAUGUAAAAAUUACAACGGCUCUGAAGUCUGUUAUGAAAUUCGUCUGUUAUGGUAUGAAUGGGAUCAAUCAAUAAAAGACGGAAAAGAACUAUUUCAGUAUUUUAUGGAAAAUUUUUCACCAAAGAAAUCUGAACAUCAUUUUGAUGCUUUGACUACAGAUUUGUCACCAUUCAAAACUUACUUUGAGUUAAAGAAAAUAACUUCAGAAACGCAACAUGCAUUUUCGAUUAUCCUCUUUGAAGAUGGGACUGUAAAAUGUUUUCCUCCAGUUCUUCCAAAAUUUCAUGACAGCAAAAAGAAAUCUGAUGAAAGCUGUCAAACAACUAAGCACAGUGAAGAAAUCUUACUCGAACAAAUUGAUGAUUUUCUCGACCGUGAGGGAAAGAUAAUGGAUAAGAUUUUAAUUUAUACUUAUAACAGCCCAUGUCUACAAAGAAAAAAGGGUGUUGAAGCUUGUACGUUUCAACUUCUACAGAAAGCCAUUGACUGGUUUGAAGAAGACAAAUGUCUUACUUAUGUGGCCUUCACAAAAUCCUGGGGAUUCACUGGUCCAAAUUACAUUAGAAAUAUUUCCCCAUCAGACUUUUCAGAUCCCAAGAGUGUUUUUUAUCCUCACGUUAAAAGACAUGAAGGCAUUUCUUUCAAAUUAGAUCCUACAAAUUUUAGACGUGUUCUUGAAAAGGAAGAAUUAUCCAAAAUACUGUCAGACAUUGAAAAGUGUGACAGAAAAAAACUUACCAGUGAGAUCAAAUCAGCUCAAAGUAAACUGGUGGAACUAGCAGAAAAUUCAUCUGGAACGAGAAAAGACCUGCUCCUCCAAGGAAAACAGCUGAUCAAUUCUCUUAACUUUCCUGCAAAAGUCUGUAAUAAUGUUCGUGGAAUAAUGCACAAGAAGUGGGAGGACUCGGUAGAAGAAAGUCACAUGGCAAAAGUUUUACAAAUCAUCACAGAAGAAUUUAACAGUGCUGUAGUUUUACGUUUUAGAGAACAACUAAAGGAAAACAACAGUCCACUACAACUAAUCCCUGUUGACUUUAUUCAGUUGUCUGAUGAAUUUAUCAAUACAGCUAAAAACUAAAGUUCUUAACAUAUAAUUUUAUUUAUAUGAAUAAUAUAAUAUGCCCUGCGAUAAACUGUAGAUUCUACAAUCAGGUACAAAAAUGUCAUGAGCAUCUGUGUUUUUUUCUAAUAUACGUAUUAUAUUAGGAAAAAAAGAUGUAAAUGUUUUAAGAUUGAUUAGUUUUAAUAAAGGUCAUCAGACGAGUCAGAUCAUCUUCAAGUUGGCAGUCACCCCUUUCCAGUUGGAAACAACUGGAAGCUGCUCCCUAAUGGCAGAGCACCUGCUGUGCAUUAAGACCUGGUGCUGCCAGAGGAGCCUCAUUAUGUGCAAAUGUGGUGCAUUCAUGUUCACCACAGUGUCACCGUACAAUCAGUCGUGAGGUCCUCGAGCCUUUGCUACUGAUACCUGCACAUGCCAAGUCACAGCAAGUGAGGAAAGAUUUCAUGAAGUUUUCUAUUCCACCUGUGAAUGAGGACAUCAGAGGUUAUGAUGUGAACUUGGACUGAGCUGGAUGCAGACGUCUUUGAGGGAAACCAUCCUCGUGGUUAUCAUAUUCACCACUGGGAACAGUUUCGUCCACCAGCCAAGUGCUCACCUCCAUCACCUUUCAUGCUGCAAGACUCCAUCCAGUACGAGGAUCACAGGCCUUCCAGAGAACAACGGAAGUUGCAAGAAUCACUGAUGACGGAGAAACACGGAGAAGACCAAAUGAUCAAGGAUGACAUCUGGACAAAAGGCCUAACUGAUUCCUCCAAGUGACAGGAGAUUUAUAUCUUGUUGCAUGCAUGACUAAAACUCAUGGACAUCUUUCCUUUUUUCCUCUUACCUUUGUUGCUUGUGAGUCAUAAAUGAAUAAAGCUCACUAAUGCUCUGAAA